AUGGAGCUUGAGAUCUUACGUAUACUUCUCCUAGAGAUGGAGCUUGGUUGCGAUGGUUCUGUGCUACUAGAUUCGAUAGCCGAGAAGGACUACCCGGUUAAUAACCCAAGUCUUCUAGGUUUUGAAGUCAUUGAUGAGGCCAAGGCUGCCAUAGAGGCCGUCUGUCCGAGCCUUUGCCGGCGCCACGUGAAUGUGUUUGAAUCAAAUCACUUGGAUGCUACUUACUAUUUUGGGUUGAUUAAGAAUAAAGGGUUGUUUACUUCUGAUCAAACACUUUGGGACAGUAAUUCAUCAAAUCACUUGGAUGCUACUUACUAUUUUGGGUUGAUUAAAAAUAAAGGGUUGUUUACUACUCAUCAAACACUUUGGGACAGUGAUUCGACGCAGCCUCUUGUGUUGGAGUUCUUGGGAAGUCCUGCUCUUUGGCCAGACAGGUUUAAAAUGGCCAUGAUAAUGGUGCGAGAGACUGAGGUUCUCAAUGGAAAUAAUGGAGAGAUCAGGACUAAUUGUAGGGUCAUUAAUAGUGCAACAUGA